UUCAUUUUUCGUGUGUGCUGCUCACUGGCGUUGUUGUUGUGCUGUGCGUGUGGUGCGAAUCAUCAUCGGAGGAAACGAGGAUGAAAAAUCGCCGCGAUUGAUAAGCGAGACUGCGCGUUGAGUAGCGUGCACGAAAGUGGUGUGCGAUUUGCAGCAUGGACGACGACGCAAGUCGCAAAUCAGACGACAUAGCGCGGAAGAAACGAUGAGCACCACGGCGGUUUCCGAUUAAAGCGUGCGUGCGUGUGUGUGCACCCCCCAAAGUUCGGACAAUGUCGAAUAGAGAUAUGUGCAAGCUGCCCAAGAAGCGAAAGUUCGAUCCGUCCGAACUCGAACAGGAGCACCUACCACAACCGCACGUUCAACAACAACAACACCACCAACAACAACAUCAUCAGCAACAGAUUCAGCAUCACCGCCCGCCGCCACCGCCACAGCAGCAGCAGGUGGUGGUGUUGCAGUCGCCGCACCAGCAGUGCCCUUCGAUCGUGCACGUGCCGGCUGCGCCUCAGGCGACGGCGGUGGACUACUCCUGCCCGCCGCGAGAUGACGAAAUUACCCACAGACAGACUGAUAUUGAUCUCGAAGAAUGGAAGAGUCACCGUGUGCUCGCCAGGCGCCAGAAUUCGUACUAUCCGGGCGAGAUACGUGAAGCUGCCGGAAAUUACGUGGUUGUUAGGCUGGAAGUAAACGGCGUUGAAGACUAUCGCUAUCACAAUGUGCUGCGACCCGACUGUACGGAUAUAAUCAGCGAUGCCAGUCCGUUUGCGAAUCAGGUGGAGUUGUCGAUGCGUGUUUGCGUGCGUCCCCCGGGCGAACGCUCGGCGUUUAUCGAGGGUAUCGUGCGUCGCAUUGACCGGCCGCAUUUUACGGUCACGACUACCCUGGGUGACUAUGUGGUAAAGCGUGCGGAUUUGCGUCUGCUGCGUGCGCCUUGGUGUGAGGAGCUGGAGAGUCUCGAACCGGCAUCGGCGUAUGGCGAGGGCGUCGUUCACGUUGCAGGCCAACCGAAUGAUUACGGCCUCUCGCCGCCGCCGAUUCAGCUCAGCACACCUGUUUCACUCGGCACGCCGCCGCAACCAAACGGGCGUCCGUUCGAUGACUAUGAGAGCGAUGAUGAUCUACCGCGCGAAGAUAUUAAUUUCCCCGUGGAGGGCGAGAAGCUUUCCGGUAGUAGUAAACGCAGCAGUAGCAUGCAGAGUCGUACAAGUUCAAGCAGUAGCAUUACACAGCGUUCGCAGCCGACGACGCCGCGCAGUCAGGCCGCCACGCCGCACAAAUACAAAAAGGGCGACGUUGUUACCAAUCCGAAUGGCAUACGUAAGAAGUACAACGGCAAGCAAUGGCGUCGUCUGUGUUCCAACAGCGACUGCAUCAAGGAAUCUCAGCGGCGCGGGUUUUGCUCGCGGCAUUUGAGCCAGAAGGGCAAUACGAUGCGGCCGAGCGCCGGUAUGGGUGGGCAGAUGUCACGUGCGGGUAGCAAGAACGAUGGUGAAGAUACCAGCCGUGAUUCGGAGACGUCGCCCAGCUGUAACGAACGUCAUCCGUCGAUGCGCUACAAUCAGGAGGAGACCGAAGUGGCCAGUAUGCUAGCGUCGAUGGCGGGCUCGCGUUCAGACACACCAGUCUUUUCACCAAAUGGACAAGGCUCAUCCCCAUUGACGAUGCAAUCGCCGCUGACGGUCGGUUCGCGGAAUAACGUCUUCAUGCCGAUUACCAGUUAUCAACAGGGGCUGAAGCGCGUCUCACCAGGCCCGCCCGGAUGCAAUAUACAAACGCCCUAUCACCAGCAGACUGUUAUCAGGCCGGAACUAGUUCGUCCUGGACAAAACAACAGCGUUAUACGAAUAUCUCCCUCAUGGCCACCGACGAGCGCCGAACAACCCGGCGUGAUUCUUCAGACGGUGCUCACAAAUCAACAGCAGCAGCAUGUGCCCGAAAUGAAUAAUGUUGAUGGUAUGAAAAUUACACAGGCAUCGCUAUAUGGUCAGUUGCCGCCUGUGCAGGAGAAUUCGUCGCUUGUUAUUAAAGGUGGCGAUGAUAAGCUCAAGCAGGAUAGUCAGAAGCAAGCCGUGUUGUCAAUAUACGCUCCACAACAGAUCAUGCAGAUUGACCGGAAUCAGACAAUUAAGAAUAAUAAUCAGCAUUCGCCACGUGGCGGUGCAUUGCUGCCGGUUAUUGUGCGGCCAACGCACUUGGUGCCUGUCCUGCCUGCUGUGACCAGUGUGCCGUCGUCGGUUGUGAAGCGAAUAUCGUCGGGGACGAUUGCAACGCAUGUGCAAAAGAAUCAUGUGGUUGCGACGACGGCACCGGUUGAGCAUCACAUCAACUCGAAUCACCACAAUCACCUGAACAAUAAUCACGAGAAGUCAAUUAUACAACAACAGCCCAUGGUGGUACCGCCGCAGCAGCAACAAUUGCUGCAUAUGCACGUCCAGCAGCAACCACAACAGCAACCGCCUGCGAUUCAGACACAGGCGCAUGCGCAAUCUACAUUGGUGAUACCCUGGCACCGGCUGGUGCCGAUACUGACGACGACACCGUCGGGAAACGUGUCGCCUCCGCUCUCAGAACUAUCGCCACCGCUGUCGGCACCGCCGAUCUCGAUCACGACUAGCGUUGGCCCGCAGCCGCAUGUCGCGGCCAAGACGGAACGCACCCAUGGUUCACAUGGUGAUGAUGCGGAAGCGGAGGCGAUGCCAGUGGCGGCCGACGACGACGAUGACGAUGUGUUCGAGGUGGAGGCGCCCGAGACGCCGAAUGAGAAUAAUGCCGCCACCGGUGGCAGUAAGCGACGCAGUCAAUCACUGAGUGCUUUACACAAGGGUAAAGAACGGAUACGUAGACCAAUGAACGCCUUUAUGAUAUUUUCGAAACGACAUCGCGCCGACGUACACAAACAAUUUCCGAAUCAGGAUAAUCGCACGGUGUCCAAGAUACUGGGCGAAUGGUGGUAUGCUUUGGAACCGGUGAAGAAGCAAAAGUACCACGAUUUGGCUUCUGAUGUCAAGGAAGCACACUUUAAGGCGCAUCCGCAGUGGAAGUGGUGCAAUAAAGAUCGCCGAAAAUCAUCGACCAGUUCGGGUCGCAGUAAACUUAACUCCACCGGCGAUGGAAUGGAAGCGAACGACGUGCCAAUUAGUCCCAGCGCGCAUUCACCCGCCGGACCGAGUGUCCCGCGUCCAUGUGAACCGGAAGACAAUGGCGAUGCAUCUGAUGAUGACCAAAUGGUCAUUUGCGAGGAUGCGCCAACAGAGCUGGACCUUAAGUGCAAAGAAAAGGUGACGGAUUCGGAUUCGGAACACAGCGAUCACGAGACGAACAACUUCACGAAUGAUACGAAUCAGUCUUCCCAACAACAACAACAACAGCAGCAGCGCUACAGUCCAAGUCCCGGAGACGUGACCUUAAAACCCAAGCCCAUCAAACCCUCGUCCAAAUUCAGUCCAGUGCCAACGACCACCGUGCUCAGCUUCCCUAUCCAUUCCCCUGUAAACCCUUCGGGCGUCAGCGGCUUCCAGCCGAAAGGCGGUGCUUUCGCAUCACCCAAAGCUUUCAAAUCCGAGCACAAAUCCGAUGAGGGUGGUGCUUGGCCAUCGGGUAAUACAUACGCGCUGAACAUCAAGGUACAAACACCCAAUUCGCUGUUAUCCGCCAAAUCCGAACCACCAUCACCGGCUGCAACCGCCACUGUAACCAUUCUAAAUCCCACGACGGUCAAAACAUCGAAUGUCAUUCAUAUGAGUUCAUCGUCUCUACAGCAGUCACCAGCGACCUAUAUUCAAACACAGGCGAAACCGGUGCGUUUAACAUUUAUGAACCCGCCUGCAACCAGCGGGCAGGGCACAACCUUGUGUCUGGCUGAACCGGAACGACAACAGCAAGUCGUUGUUGUGGCUACGUCAGCCGCGGAUCAUUCCUUGAAGUACGUUUGUGUACCACAACCGUUUAAGAUUGCAGAGGUGGUGACACAGACCACGUGUCAGUUACCUGGUACCCCCACGAUUGUUACCACUGGUACGGUUGCCACUCCGGCUAUGACUAUUUCGGCCAUGCCUACCAUGCAGUCGGUGAUUGUGAGUCAGAGCUUGAAUCGGGAACGGGAGAUGGAGAACAAGAUUAGUAAUGGGUCAUCGGGGCAUGAGGGUGGUGUUUAUACAAGUACACCAACUGAUACUUCUAGUGCUUUCUCGUACAAUAUCACAGCUCAUUCGAUAAAAGAUGAACCCUUGGCGUUGCGCUCACCACAUGAUGUACCCACUUCACCGCAUAUUUCGUUGGCGGGUGCACAUGGUCUCCCAGGGCCGAUUGGGACGAUGAAGGAACCUGAAUUUAAGUUGGCACCUACUCCAGCGCAACUUGGGAAGGCUCCGCUUCAACGGCGUCAAUCUAUGGCUGUUGCAGCGGCAACUGCCACCACAACUUCUUCAUCAGUGGUGAGCGGACAUGAGUGUCUCCCGAGUUCGGUACCUUCGUGCGAGGAACCAACAACCCCUAGCGAGCCCUUAGCUUCGCCCCGAACGAAGAAGGCGUGUUCCAAGAAAAACAAAGAAGAUGGAAUGGAUAAAAUUCUGGAGCAAGUCAACUUUAAGAAAAAGUUCUCAUCGCUGCCGCAAUUCAAGCCCGAAGACUGCCAAUCGCCCAGCGCCAUAUCAGUGCCAUCGAGCCCGCGCGUCUUUCCCAAUUACAAAAAGCGCUCGUUGCCGCUUAGCCAUCGUUCAUCAUUGGAUGAGGAUUCCGACACGGGCACACCGGCUACCAGCGCCAACAAGAUCUCUUCAGCCAGCCGCACUACGGGUACCACGGGUACCGUCUUCUUUGGGCCAGAGUUUCCGGAGUUGUUUAAUGUGGAAACAGUUAGAGAAUACAUGGAGACGGGUGAGGCAAGCUCUCCCCGUACACCGAAGACACCAGGUACGGGGCGCGAUCCAGAAAAGGGCCACCGCAAGAUGCUCGAAAUGAAGCGCAAGCUGGUGAUGCAGCUGUUCGACGAACAGCAGUCGUACUUUCCCAGCCAGCAGGCGACCACCACGUUUCAGAGCCAACACAAGGACGUCUUCAGCAGCAAGUCGCAGCUGCAGUUGAAGAUCCGCGAAGUGCGUCAGCGUAUAAUGGCCACGUCGAACAAUAGUAUUAACAGUCCGUCGACGCCGGCGCCGCCGAGCUCGUCGAGUUAGCCCACUUGAUUUUUGUGCAAUAGCCGUAUUUAAGUCUUCCUUCUACGUCGAACAAAAAAGUUGUUGUGUUUUAUUAUGUUCGGUGCGUUGAUUUCGCCGAUUUCGUUCCGUUAUCCAAUAAUUUAUCGGUUGUUUUCCGUUUGAAAUCAAGCGCAAGUCAUUUCUAUCAAUGGUGGCGAAGGCAAUUAACGAAUCGUUGCAAUCAAUCAAUGUUCAUUGUUGAUUCGAUGAAGAAACAAAUUCUAUAAUUAUUAGAGAGGUAUAUAUUUACAAACAAACAAAGCGAAAGAAAUUUGCAAACAUAGAUUAUACAAAUAUAUUAUAUACGGCGCGAGCGCAGAGGAAUACAAGUAUCACGUACUCAUUCUUGGCAUCUUGGCAAGCGAACUCCGCACGUGAAUUCUCAUUUUAAGCAACGCAAUAUUUGCAGAUUUGCAUCUUGCAAACGUGGACCACGAGCAAAAUAUAUGUCUACGCAAAACACAAAGUUGGUUAUGUUGUGAAUAAUGAUCAAGUGAAACGAGAUAUAUAUUAUAUAUAUAUAGUAUAUAAAUAUUGUAAUUCUGUUAAAUAAUUUUAUAUUAACCGCAAGGGAGAAGAAGUUAAAUAAUUUCUUAAAAUUAGGACGAAAUGAAGCCAUAUUAUUUUAUUAUGAACGAUUUUGUUGCGCUAAUUACGAAGAAACUACUAACGCUCUAGGAAUAUACUUACUUAUUUCUACACUUGUAUGAUUUUAAAAUUGAAUUACUCAUAGGCACUGCAUUAUUUAUUUAUUAUUAUUUUGAAAUGUUGAUAACUAUUGAUUACUGUUAUGUUUUCUGUUUUAAGUAAGUAAUUAAUCGCGCAGACGAAGGUGUGUUGAUUGUCCGCCAGUCGAAAUUUGACCACGUAUUGUAAAUAAUCGACAAUGGUUCAUUUUCCAUACUUACACCACCGACACAAUAAUUUUCUGUACUAUCACGAAACUCGCACGCCGAAAGAAAUAUCGAUAUCGAUCGAGUUACAGUAUUAUCGUAUGUACUAAUGUUGUAAAACUUUUUAAGUGUUAAGCUAGCACCGAACAGAUUGACAGACAAUUGAUAGCUUGGUAGUGCUCGUAGUGCGUAGCCCUCUUUCCCAUGAAGAAGAAAAAAAAGAACAGACACACUCACAGUAAUUUAGUAUAAUCGACGAUUAUAUGCGAUGGUCAACGCGGGCAAGCGAAGUAGCGAAACAAGUUGGUUAUGUCUUAACGCGUGCGUUUUCUAAACCGUAGCCGCCACAAAUGAUUACAUUAUAUGUAAGAGAAUUAAUUGAAAACUAAUGUUGUUGAGAAUUUUUAUAGAAAAAUAAUGACGAGAAAAUACCAAACCCCAUACACACACACACACUCACAUUUCGGGUUACACGAAACACGAUUAAUAACAAACCAUGAUAAUAUAUAUAUAUAAAUAUAUAAUAUAAGAUAAGGAUUAAAUCUACCGACACGCAGAAUAUUCUUGUAGGUGAAUUAUAAAUUGAUCUCGAAACAAAUAUCGUUAGUGAGGAAAUGUUCAUGUUUUUGCUCUAUUCAUAUUACAUACAUAUUAUAUACGAGAUACAUGCAUAUAUGUAUAUAUUUAUAUAGAAAUAAUAUACUUAUAUAUGUGUAUGUAUUUAUAUUAUAGAGAAAAGUUA